AGGUUGGAAGUCUAAAACUGAAGCAGCGCUGUCAAACCGAUGAGCACCUUCUACGUCAUCACUAGUGGACGAAGUGUGUUUCUCUGUCCGUAGCAAGUUCAUACAAACUACAUUAAAACCCCGCAGAAAUGGCCUCAGACAAUGCAUUUAAAGUGUCUUCCCUGCGGGAUAAAGUGACCCUCAUAACGGGUGCCAGCUCGGGCAUCGGUGCAGGCACGAGCGUCCUGUUCGCCAAACUCGGAGCGCUGUUGGCUCUGAACGGACGCGACGUGGACAAUCUAAAGAAAAUAGCCAAACAGUGCACGGACUGUGGAGCAGCCGAGCCGUUGCUGGUUCCUGGAGACCUCACUGAUGAGGAGACGGUGAAGAAGACGGUGGAGCAAACUAUCGCUCACUUCGGCAGACUGGAUGUCCUCGUCAACAGCGCUGGUAUCCUGGCCAUGGGCAGCAUAGAGACAACAGACAUGGCUCAGUACGACAGGAUCAUGAACAUCAAUGUCAGAACCGUAUACCACCUGACUCAGCUGUGUGUGCCCCACCUGAUCAAGACCAAAGGCUCCAUUGUCAACGUAUCCAGUGUCAACGGACAGAGAUCAUUCCCUGGUGUGCUGGCCUAUUGCAUGUCCAAGUCCGCCAUUGAUCAGUUCACACGUUGUACAGCACUUGAGCUGGCGUCAAAGGAAGUCAGAGUGAACUCCGUCUGCCCUGGUGUGAUCAUCACAGAGGUCCACAAGAGAGCAGGACUAGAUGAGGACCAGUAUGCCCAGUUUCUUGCAAAGUGCAAGCAGACCCAUGCCCUGGGUCGACCAGGGGAGGUGGAAGAAGUGGCCCACGGCAUCGCCUUCCUGGCCUCCGAUGCCGCCAGCUUCAUUACUGGAGUGAACCUCCCCGUUGAUGGGGGCCGCCAUGCCAUGUGCCCAAGAUAAGAUGGUGUAUGUUAGGAUACAGCAGUCUGCUAAUAUAGUUCUUUCAACCUCCAAGUCUGCCUGUGUGUUCGUUUUUUUUAAGUUGCCAUUAAACUGAUCGGUGAGUUGUCAUUAAAAAAAAAAAAAAGAAAGGCAUUACUUCAAGGACACAAUUUUUCUCCACGUUUACAACGCUAGCUGUCAGGAUUUGACAGUUCCAGAUGUGUGAAAUGAAUAUCAGCAAGCAAAAACACAUUUAAACUGGCAGCUUAAAUGCAUGUUAUUUGCUCACUUUGAUAAUAAGUUUUCCUUUUAAUGAAAAGAAAUGAAAGCUGCUUAUCAACAAAGGUUUCAGACUUUUAUUGAAUUACCUGUUGAGUCAUUAGACUUCAUUCACGCAGCAUGAAAUGUCCGCACAGAUUAAACACCGUUAGCUCGGUUGUGUUGUGUAUUGUAAGAAAUCCUCUGAGUUUAUAAAUUGACGGGACCAAUUGCCAUUGCUGCACCUUUGAGUGACAAAUGCUUAAACAGUAAAUAAUACAGAUGGUAAUGUCCUAAAAUACAGUUGAUUGUCUAGGACAGAUUAAUUGGGGAAAAAACAGACUGUAGAAUCCAUAAGGCCCUAAAUGACUCAUAAAACAUAACAUUGAGGUUUUGAACUGGAGAGCUAACCAGAAUUUAAAUAAAAUUUAAAUAGAAUCCACUGUAGAUCGUAACGGUUGCAUAAUUAUAGACAUUUUGACAGAUACAAAAACUUAACUU